AUGGCUGCUGCCGCGCCAGCGCCCGUGGACACAGCGGGCCCCGAGAGCAGGUCCAACGAGACAGACGGCUCUGGCGCCACACAGGGCAUGUCGCUCCUGCGGGUGGACGAUGACUCUGACCUCGAGGCGGAUGAGACGAUGGCCGAGCUGCCCGCGGAGGCUGGCCCCGCGCUGCCGCCGGGCCUCCUGCAGGAGCCCUCCGGCCAGGCCAUGCUCGCGGAGCUGAUCGAGCACCAGGUGUUAACGAAUUUUGAGAUCGUGCAGGCGGCGCGCCAGAUUGACGGUCAGACGGUCGCGCCCCGCUCUCUGGACUCGCGUUCGGACUUCACGCUAGUCCUGAAGACGCUCGCUUAUGACCCUGCAGCUGCCGACGAGUGGAGCGUCCUGGGCCUCUCGCCGCUGGAAGGCCCGGACCUCUCCCUGAACACCGUCGAGGCCCGCCUCCGCUUCGCCAAGCUGCUCGCGUCCAUGAUCGACACCGCGCCCUGGCCACCGGCCUUUAAGGCGGGGGCACACGACGACAUUAGGAAGAUCACCCAGGCGGCCACGACUUGUCUCUCCUCCUUCGACAGCUGGCUCAGGGAACGCAAACGAGUCCGCCCAUCCAAGCUGCCCCUCUGGCACGAGCUUGGCCGCAGGGCCCUCCUCACAGUCCUUGACACCGCCCCCGACGCCUCCGAGGUUGUCUGCACCCAGUGGUCCGCCCUCUUGGACACGAACGCUGCCCCGCUGUCCACGCAGAACCAGAGCAGGAUCUUGCCCAUGCACGAGGCCCGCCUCUUAGCCGACUUGGCGGAGAAAGGCGAUCCCUCCUUUUGGAACGUGGUCAGGGACAGCGGCAAACCGCUCUCUCUCUGGGCCCCGGCCAACGCCUCGGCGCUCGGUCGCCUCGUGGCCUCGCUCCUCCGCCGCUCAGCGAACGAGGUGCCGUGCCAGUACAUCCGCUUCAUCGUUCCUCUGGACCUUCACCCGGGCUGCUCCACGAGCGAAGCGAUUUGCGACUUGUGGUGGCACGACUUCCUGAGCGAAAACUGUGCGGCGAUGAUCCGGAACGUCGAGUUCCACCCGCAGCCCAUGGAGUUUGUCUCCCCUGGGCCGUCGGGGCCCCGCCACGAACUCCGGGGUUUGGCAAUCUUCACGGUAUCUUCCAUACUCUCCCGCCAACCCCCCCGGGUACGUGAGAUGGAGGCGCCGAUCCUCACAUUGGAGGCUCUCCCGACCUACGCUGUGGACUUCCCUUCGGCCGUCGGGGUGGAGGUGAUGCAGGCGCUGUUCGCCGGUGCCGGCCAGUCGGCCCAGAUCGGGCGGAUCUACCGCAGCCCCGGGCACUCGGAGGAGACCCCGCGGGGCAGGGUGAAGAUCCGGUAUCCCCUCCACAAGCCGCGCCUGGAGCAGGAGCUGCUGAUGCGACAGGUCCGUCUCCUCUUACCCGCCGGCGCGUGCUUCGCCUCCCAGGACCUGUUCACCGACCCCGGCGCCCUGAUUGCAGAGCUCGGCCACGCGGACGCCAUUAAUUCGAUCUGGAGCCUCUGCUCAGGAGCUUUAUUCCUCGGCAAAAACCGCCUCCUCCUCACGACGGAGGCCGCCGCUGGGACGUGGCAGGUUACCAUGGACUCGCUCAUCCGCAACGACCCUGACACCGCCGUCUACAAGCUGAAGCACCGUCCUUCGCGACAUGGAGGGCGGCCGUUCUCGUCCCCCUCCGCGCUGCUCGCACGCAUCGCGGCCACCCGAUGUGCCAAGCAGUCCCGCGGGGCCUCUUCGCCGACCCAGGCCAUCGCGGACGUCACGAUCACGGGUCGCCUCCACGCCGACGAGCACGCCGUUGUCCGCAACCUCAUGGACCACUUGGUCACCCAGACCGGCCUCCAGCUGACCGAGCAGUCCGACGGACCGGGCAACAAGAUCGGCACUUGGAAGUGGCUCUCGGACACGGACGCUUCGGCGCCGCCCGGCCGAUCUCGCCUGUUCUUGAAGGACCUCUCAAAGGUCUCGCGGGUGAAGGCUGCCCUCCACGACAAGACCAUCAAGAUUGGAAUGGGCACGUUCCGCCUGCAGGUCCACAGCGACUUGCAGGAUCGGCUGCAGGGCGGCGGCGCCGCCCAGUGA